UUGAAACGUCGUGCAAAAGGUGAAUUAACGCGAAAAUGAGGUGUUGCGAGCCGUAGGCGAGGUGCCACAGUUUGCCGUGCAACACAGUGGAAGUGCUUUCGAGGAUGACGGCGGCCACCGGACGCGGCCAGGGCUGCUGCUUCACUCAAGUCCCGACCACACAGUAACACAAAAUGGAGGCAUGCUGCUGUAGGCCCACUCUGACGAAUCAGGUUGGCUGCAGCGCAGGAGGCGGCGGCACAGGAGGUGCAGCAGCAGACGGAGGCGGGCGCAGCUGAUACAAUGGGGGGCGCCAGCGCGGCAGGAGGGCAGGGGCCCAGCUCGUUGUUCCUGUUCUCCGAGGAGAAUCCUAUUCGCAGACAUACGCGCUUCAUCAUCGAGUGGCCUCCGUUCGAGUAUGCCGUGCUUUUGACAAUCAUAGCCAACUGUGUGGUGCUGGCACUGGAGGAACACCUGCCCAAUCACGACAAGACUUUAUUAGCACAAAAAUUAGAAGCAACCGAAGUUUACUUUCUAGGAAUAUUCUGUGUUGAAGCUUCAUUAAAGAUUUUAGCGUUAGGUUUUGUUCUUCAUAGAGGAUCGUAUCUUAGAAACAUUUGGAACAUUAUGGAUUUUUUUGUGGUGCUUACGGGGUGUCUGACGUUGUUUCUUCAGGAUUUCGUAGCAGUGGAUCUGCGCACGUUGCGGGCUAUUCGAGUGCUAAGACCUCUCAAGCUAGUCUCUGGCAUCCCUAGUCUGCAGGUGGUGUUGAAGUCCAUCAUCAAAGCUAUGGCACCAUUGCUGCAAAUUGGUUUAUUGGUGUUGUUUGCAAUUGUCAUCUUUGCCAUCAUCGGACUGGAGUUUUAUUCGGGUGCUCUUCACAGAACCUGCUAUAGUCUUUACGACAUAGAUGAAAUAGCGAAAGAAGGUGAUGCUGAAGUGCCAUGUAACACUGAUAACGAAACUCAAGCCAGAGCUCAGGGUAGCAAUUGGUGUCGGGAUGGAAAUUCAGUUUGUUUGGAACGGUGGCAAGGCCCUAAUAAUGGUAUUACGUCUUUCGACAAUAUCGGGUUUGCUAUGCUUACGGUUUUUCAAUGCAUUACCAUGGAGGGAUGGACAGCGAUUCUUUACUGGAUGAACGAUGCAGUUGGAAGUACAUUUAAUUGGAUGUAUUUUGUUCCACUUAUAGUAUUGGGUUCGUUUUUCAUGUUAAAUCUGGUUCUUGGUGUCCUUAGCGGUGAGUUUGCCAAAGAAAGAGAGAAAGUAGAAAAUAGGCAAGAGUUUUUAAAACUGCGAAGACAGGCACAAUUAGAAAGAGAACUCAACGGCUAUGUGCAGUGGAUUUGUAAAGCAGAGGAAGUCAUUUUGGCUGAAGAACGAACGACUGAAGAAGAAAAGUUGCAUAUCAUGGAAGCACGACGGAGAGCAGCGAAAAAGAAGAAGUUGAAGAAAAUGGGUAAAAGUAAAAGUACGGAUACGGAAGAAGAGGAGCAGGAGGAGGAAGUUGCCGAUGAUGUAUUUCUUACAGAGUCUAAGAAAACGUUAAAAGGAUUUGGGCGAACAUCGUAUAUGAAGUCGCGAGCGAAAGGACAAGGUGGUUGUGCUCGGUUUUGGCGAGCUGAAAAGCGAUUUCGCUUUGCUAUUCGCCAUAUGGUUAAGUCCCAGUGGUUCUAUUGGUCCGUCAUUGUGCUUGUUUUUUUUAAUACGUUUUGUGUUGCCGUCGAAUAUCACGGACAACCAGAUUGGUUAAGCAAAUUUUUGUAUUAUGCCGAAUAUGUAUUUUUGGGCCUUUUCAUGUCCGAGAUGUUCUUAAAGAUGUACGCCUUGGGCCCCCGCAUUUAUUUCGAGUCAGCCUUCAACCGUUUUGACUGCGUUGUUAUUACGGGUUCAAUCUUCGAAGUAAUUUGGUCUGAAGUCAAGGGGGGCUCUUUCGGUUUAUCCGUUUUAAGAGCACUAAGACUCCUGCGUAUAUUUAAAGUGACGAAAUAUUGGUCCUCACUGAGAAACCUUGUAAUAUCGCUGCUCAAUUCCAUGAGAUCUAUCAUUUCCUUAUUGUUUCUUCUCUUCUUGUUCAUCCUGAUAUUCGCGCUGCUCGGCAUGCAGCUGUUCGGUGGACAGUUCAACUUCGAAAAUGAGACGCCACCGACAAAUUUUAACACGUUUCCGAUAGCACUUUUAACAGUAUUUCAAAUCUUAACAGGUGAAGACUGGAAUGAGGUGAUGUAUUAUGGAAUAGAAGCUCUGGGAGGUCACGACAACGGAGGGAUGAUCUAUUCGUUAUAUUUCAUUAUACUCAUGCUCUUUGGUAACUACACUUUGCUCAAUGUGUUCUUGGCUAUCGCCGUAGAUAAUUUAGCUAAUGCCCAAGAACUGACAGCUGCUGAAGAAGAACAAGCGGAGGAAAAUAAGGAAAAACAAGCCUUAGAGUUGGAAAAGGAAAUGGAAGCUCUGCAAAUGGAAGCAGGUUCAAAUCCAAGAGUUGAGGUGUGUCCUCCCAGUCCGAUCAAAAGCCGGAAAAAGAAAGAAGAGAAGCCUUCCGAUGAAGAGGAAGAAAUCGUCGGUCCCAAACCUAUGCUGCCAUAUUCUAGCAUGUUUGUAUUAUCCCCCACUAACCCCGUAAGAAGAUUUGCACAUGGAAUCGUAAAUUUGCGUUACUUUGAUUUUUUUAUAAUGGUUGUAAUUUGCUUGAGUUCAAUGGCGUUGGCUGCUGAAGAUCCCGUGAACGAAGAUUCGAAUUGGAACUUGAUUUUGGAUAGACUAGAUUACGCCUUCACUGGAGUGUUUGCCGUGGAGAUGCUUCUCAAAAUCAUUGAUCUGGGGAUUAUUUUACACCCGGGUUCGUAUUUGAGAGAAUUCUGGAAUAUCAUGGACGCUGCUGUUGUGAUUUGCGCGUUAGUUUCAAUGGGUUUCGACGUUGCGCAAAACAAAGCAGGAGCUAAUUUGUCGACCAUUAAGUCGUUGAGGGUGCUUCGAGUGCUAAGACCAUUAAAAACAAUUAAACGAGUGCCCAAAUUAAAAGCAGUGUUCGACUGUCUAGUGAACUCAUUAAAAAAUGUGAUAAACAUUCUUAUAGUGUACAUAUUAUUCCAGUUUAUAUUUGCUGUGAUCGCCGUUCAGUUGUUCAACGGAAAAUUUCGACAUUGUACUGAUGCAAGUAAAUUCACAGAAGCCACAUGCCAGGGUCAGUAUUUUAUUUUUGAUGAAGAUAAUGAUGUGCCUCGAGUAGAAAAACGCGAAUGGAAGUUGCAAAGCUUUCACUAUGAUGAUGUAGCUAUGGCUAUGUUGACUCUGUUUGCUGUUCAAACCGGGGAAGGUUGGCCGCAGGUUCUUCAACAUUCGAUGUCUGCCACAUAUGAGGAUCAAGGCCCUAUUCAAAAUUUUCGAAUAGAGAUGUCCAUUUUCUACAUUGUAUAUUUUGUAGUAUUUCCGUUCUUCUUUGUAAAUAUAUUCGUCGCCUUGAUCAUUAUAACAUUUCAAGAACAGGGUGAAGCAGAAUUACAAAGUGGUGAAAUCGACAAAAAUCAAAAAUCUUGUAUUGAUUUUACGAUACAAGCGCGACCUUUGGAGAGGUAUAUGCCUAACAAGCGAAACAGCUUUAAAUACAAGAUCUGGAGGAUUGUGGUAUCCACACCUUUUGAAUAUUUUAUUAUGAUGCUGAUUGUAUUUAACACGUUGUUGCUGAUGAUGAAGUUUGACAAGCAAACCGAAAUCUACACGAAAACGCUUAAGUACCUCAACUGGGGCUUUACGGGCAUGUUCACAGUGGAGUGCUUCCUCAAGAUCCUAGCCUUCGGCGUUCGGUACCACGAGUCACCGCCCUUGUUGUCCGACAUCCUGGCAGCAAUGAAUAUUCUAUUUACCUUCCUCUUCCUUUGUGAGACUGUUCUCAAGCUCAUCGCUUUCGGCAUCAAGAACUUCUUCAAAGACCCUUGGAACACCUUCGACUUUAUAACAGUGAUCGGCAGCAUCGUGGAUGCGAUGGUCGUCGAGUUUGGGGAAAGAGCAGCGAACCUUGCGAAAGAAAGGGAAAACUUUAUCAAUGUCGGAUUUUUGAGAUUGUUUCGUGCGGCCCGAUUGAUCAAGCUUUUACGUCAAGGCUAUACCAUACGUAUUCUUCUCUGGACUUUCGUUCAGAGUUUUAAAGCUCUUCCCUACGUCUGUCUUCUCAUCGCAAUGCUAUUUUUCAUCUACGCUAUCAUUGGAAUGCAGGUGUUUGGAAAUAUCGCGGAAGUCCCUAGCGCGUCCAUAACUCGCCAUAAUAAUUUCAGGACAUUUAUCCAAGGAUUAAUGCUUCUGUUCAGAUGUGCAACCGGUGAAGCUUGGCCUAAUAUUAUGUUAUCUUGCAUCAAAGGACAACCUUGUGAUCCUGAAGCGAAGAAACCUCCCAACAGUUGCGGUUCAAACAUCGCUUAUGCUUAUUUCGUCUCAUUUAUCUUUUUCUGCUCAUUUUUGAUGCUGAAUUUGUUUGUUGCUGUAAUUAUGGACAAUUUCGAUUAUUUAACUCGCGAUUCUUCGAUUUUGGGGGCGCAUCAUUUGGAUGAGUUUGUCCGGAUUUGGGCUGAAUACGACCCGAAUGCGACUGGAAAAAUUCACUACAUUGAAAUGUACGACAUGCUGAAAAAUAUGGACCCUCCUCUCGGUUUCGGAAACAAAUGUCCGAAUCGGCUGGCGUAUAAAAAACUGAUUAGAAUGAAUAUGCCGGUUGAUGAAGAGGGAAAGGUGAAUUUCACAACAACUUUAUUUGCUUUAAUUCGCGAAAAUCUCAACAUAAAAAUGAGACCGGCCGAAGAGAUGGAUCAAGCCGACGAUGAAUUAAGGGAGACAAUCAAAAAUAUCUGGCCCUUGCAGGCCAAAAACAUGGUCGAUUUGUUGGUCCCACCGAAUGACCAUUUAAAUAAUGGCAAAUUGACUGUGGGUAAAUUAUAUGCCGGGCUUUUGAUUUUGGAAAGUUGGAGGAGCACCAGAUUUGGGCAAGUGGAACCAACUGGGAUUCCGGGUUUUGGAAAUAGUCCCUCAGCAAAUCACGCGAAAGCGUCGUUUUUUGACUGCCUGUUGGAUAUGGCGGGUCACUUGGGCGGAAGUCGAACAGGUUCAGUGAGUUUAGAAGGCGCCCCACUUAUGGGUAGCCAAGAAGUUCCAGAUUCGCAUGCCCAUGAAGAAAGUUCUUUGGCUACUCUCGCACGAAGAAAUACCAAGCGAAAUCGGUCCAUGAGGAACAAAAAGGUGAUGGAACUUCAAGAAGGUAUGGGGUCCAGAAGACAAUCUUGUGAUAGUGUAGGUGAUCAACAUUUACGUCCGUUAGGAUUUGAUAAUAUUCAUCGGAGGUCACCUAGUCUUCGACGUGGUAAUUCGCCUUCAUUACAAAGAAGUCCAUCACCUCGAAGCAAAAGAUAUCCUCCCCAUCUUCACCAUGAUAUUGGGUUUUCCGAUACGGUGUCCAAUGUCGUAGAAAUUGUUAAGCAUGAACAUCAGAGGUCGCAUUCAAACAGGAGAUUUGUGAGAGGCUCUUGGUCAGCUUCCACAAGUCCCGCUCGUUCUCCAUCCCCCAGCGACGUCCGCCACAACUGUGGAUACGGCCCCCUGCGUUCAUCACGUCGCGGUGGCUACGGCACGACGAGUCUCUGUCAACGAUCCCGUUCGCCCAGUCCCACACACCCCAUUCCACACCAGCAAGGUCCACCCAUAAUCGACAAUUUCACAGCCGGUGCUGUGGUAGGUAUUCCGAUGCAACAGCAACCAUCAUCAGCCCAUGAAAGCAGCAACGUACAGCACAGCCAUCCGGUGUUGGGCGGGCGGCGGGGACAAGGCAGGAGACUACCACCGACACCAUCCAAACCUUCCACACUGCAGCUGCGGCCGGGACCCAUUAACUUUCCGAAACUGAAUGCUUCGCCGACGCAUAUCCAGUCCCACUCGGCUCAUGCCACUCCACACGCCAUGCCCCACAACUACCACCGUGAGCCGAUGCGCGAGGUCGUCCCGACGGCCAACGUCCCGGCGCUCCGCGACGGCAACCAAGCGCCUCUCAGCUUCGAACAGGCGGUCGCCUUGGGCCGAGGCGGCCGAAUGCUACCAAGUCCGGUGCCUAAUGGUUACAAACCAAAACCAACUCGGUCACGUCAUUCGGACUCUGACGACGACGACUGGUGCUAACACACGGAGAACACUCAGUAAAUGAGUUAUAAAAUACAAUAUAUUACAACAUAUUUAGAACUAGUGCAACAUAAUAUGAACGGACGAUCAUUUAAAAACAUGUUAACUGUUAUUCACAAUAAAUCUCUGGCCUUUCAGGAAUUGAAUAACAUGUUGAUGUUGUGUUGGUGUCAUUCCACAGUGGUGAAAAUCCUCAUCACGGAACUCUUUAUUGAAUUUUGUAACUACUGCCAAUAACGAUUUAAACUUAUCGCCCUUUGUAUUUGUUAGGAAUUCGCCCAAAAGGCCAGUUAUAUGACCACAACUUUCAGCUAAUAAUUUGGAUUAAAGAUAUUUUUGCAAAACAAUUUCACACUUGCAUAUCCAACAAGAUAUCAAUAAGCAAUAUAUCAUAUUAAAUUUAAUUACUUGUGAAAAGAACAAAAAACUAUACCUAGGUAUGGCUUAUUAAUAUUGCUAUUUUGUAAUCUUAAGUGAUUUUAAAAUUAAAAAAAAUCAAAUCGAUUGUUGAAAAAAAUUAAGAAUUCGAAAUCGACGCUUCCUUAAAUGACUUUAUUCUUAUUUUUUAUUUAAUUUCUUUAUUCAAAAUCACACGUACAUUGUUUUUUUUUCUUUUAUAAAAAGGACUAAAAAAAUUAAAAUAUAAAAAUACUCAUUCUAAAAGAACUGUAAAAAUUAAAUUGCGAAAUGUUCACUUAAUGAAUGUUGCCACGAAGAAGAACAAUAUGUUCUCCUAUAGUCCUGCUUGAAUUUGUUAUUGAUGGAGUCACUGCUUAAACUUUCUGUGAACGUAGAACUCACUUUUUUAAGAACAUUGAAGCUUUUUUACUGUUUUUUUGGGAGUCUUAUUUAUUUAGUGCUUUUAUUUUGCAUUUUUUUUGUGUUUUGACAUAUGUUUGGUUUCUGUCUUCUUUUCAACUUGAAACAAUUGAUGGCGUUUAAUUAAAGACAUUUUAUAAAGCCAAAAACUGAAAAGAAAAUAUUGGGAAUUAGUAGGAAAAAGUCAAAACAUCAAAAUUUUUAAACAAUAAAAACGCCUUAAACUUUAACACUGAAAAAGCAUAAAUAUGAAGUGUAGAGAGUGGCACUAAUCAUCUUAUGCUGUGUUCCAAAAAUCGCAAAAUCCAGGUCUGAACUUGGUCAUUUUUUUAACAGUUUUUUGGGAGUUUCAUUUAUGUUAUCUUCUACUUUAAAUGCUUUUAUUUUGCAUUUUUUCUUUUUUUGUGUUUUGAUUAUGAAUUUUGUUUUUUUUCUUCUUUUCGAGUUCAAACAAUUGAUGGCGUUUAAUUAAAGCCAUUUUAUAAAGCCAAAACUGAAAAGAAAAUAUUGGAAAUAAGUAAGAAAUAGUCAUUAGCGCCAAAUUAUUAUAAUCUUUAUUUAUAUCUUACAUUUUAACACUGAAAAAGCAUAAUUAUGAAGUGCAGAGAGUGGCAAUAAUCAUCUUAUGUUGUGUUGCAAAAAUUGAGGUCAGAGCUUGGUCGUUUGGGGCGAUUUCCGUAAAAGUCGCUGAAGAUCUCGCAAAAUUUUCAAAUGUAGCGCUAUAUUUAUAUCAAAUUUUUUCAUUUGCCCGCGUCAUUGUUUUGGAUCACUCUGUAUGAUUUGUGUUCAUCACGUGCUUUUUACGAAAAUAUCAGCUGUAAAAUUUGUCGGGAUGUUCAGCGAGUGUGAUGUACGAGUUAGAGUUUCGUAUACAUGUACAUAUUAAAAGUAAUAAUGAUUGGUAGUUCUGAAAUUUACAUUAACGUAAUUUAUACCAACCAUUUUAUUCUGAUAAAUAAUUAUAAUUCUUCCCUAAAGUGCUUUAAACACUAAAUUUACGAAACAUACUUGUUACAUCAGUAAGAAGUAAUUUGAGCGUUUUGAUUCGUUUCUCUCAUGUAAUUAGUUGAGACAUUAUUUCUGUGAUAUGAGCACAUGAAAGUGUGUGUUAAGUGUAAUGGUUUAGUGCUCUGAACUAUUAUUUUUUUUUGAGUUGUACAAACCUAACCACAUAUAAUUGUAGACUCUACUAGCGUAACCAUAGGGCAUUCGCCCACUUGUGACCGUUUGCAGCGAUGCAAGUGGCUCUUAGUUUAUUAAAAAUGAUGCCUUAUAAACUAUUAACCAAAGUCUAUGCGGAGAAAAACAGUAAUCUCUAUUUUAAAGUAUUUUUCGUUGUUCACAUGGCCAAAAAAGCGUUUUAUGCGAACCAAAAGUGCAGGUCCACUACUGAAUUUCGUUGACAAAAAGCAAAAGUCCACUUCUUCGUCAUGGGAGUUUGAGUUUUGUUGUGGUUAUCACAAACAUCAAGUAUUGUCAUUGAAGACAAAAAAUAUCUAAGGUGGAACCAUGUUUUUUUCGAAAUCCGCGUCCGGUUCCAUCCUGCCUGUUUUUAUCAUUACGAUUAAUUGUAAUAUCUCUGCCAAUUGAACAAAAUGCGGGUCUCGUAAUUCAUUUAAACUCUGUAGAAUAUAAGUAGUUUAGUAAUUGAGGGGCGAAUCGUUAAUCGCGCCGCCGAUCAGUGCGAAUGUGCGUGUGUCUUUAUGUCUGUUUGUGUGGCUUUGCAGGCAUGAAGCCAUUUGUAUUCACAGACAUUUCCGAGAUGCUGUUCUUCGUCUGUUUUAUUACAUUCAAUUGAAAAAAGUCCAAGUUUUAUAUCCAGCAUCUGUACAUAAAUAUACGUAUAUUAUUAAAAAACAAAAUCUAUAAUUCUAGAAAUAUCUGUUAAUACAUGCUAAUCUGUUAAACAUUUCAAAAAUGAUGCUGCACAAUCUGUUAUUAUAUUAUGAAAUGAAGUAUUAUCUUGUUAUACACAUACUUAGGUAAAUAAUUAUUUAUCGUUAGAUUAAGACAAUUCAGCAGCAGCAUUUUUGAAAUCCGUUCGAGUAUAUAUAAAUAAAUUUAUCUUUUUCGUAAUUAUGUUAUUGAAUAUUUAUGUAUUUAUCCAUCAGUGAAAAUUUGCAUUAGUGUUAAUUAUACAUAUUAACAUCGCUUA